AUGCUCGGUAUCGCAACCAACGAUUGCAAGAGGCCCUUCAGCGCGCGCUCGGCACCGGACAUUCGGCUCGAAACACGGGGCAGUCAUCUGCGAGGGCCCGUAGAAGGCGUCGACGGACACCUGACAAUUUACAGCCUGGCCCGUCGUCUGUGGCAGCAUCAUUUGCCUUGCCUCAAAACGACCCACGUGAAGACCGCGAGGCAUCCCGCGAGAUCUCGCCAGUCGAGGACGAUCCCUUUCCCCACGCAGGCCCCCCCUGCACUGUCGCCCCUUGCGUCUCUUACAACACUCGCCACGGUCUCGGGCGCCGCCGACGUCAUUCCCUCGCCGCCUACGCCCACAGAUCCCGAUAUCCCCGCGGAGGGUGGUGUGGACAUUUCUGCGUCCCCGCCCCAAGACGUGACCUCCACAGGUCACGGCGUCCAAAAAAACGCGUGCCCCUCGCAAGACGACGCAGUGGCCUCCCCCCCCGACAUGAAGGGCGCAAAGUGGUUUUACGCGCGCAAAUGGUACGCGGAUUCCAACGGCACGCUAGAGGCCUUCGAGGCGCACUACAAGACCCUAAGUGCCUCGGAUCGCAGGAAACUCGGACGUGUUGCUCCCUCGUAG